AAGCUCCUUCUUCGUCUAUGAGCUCGUCAACAAUGGCGACCACUGCUUCCGGCACUUCCCUCUGCAAGACUCCGUUCACUUCACCCAAAUAUCCCAUGCCCGUUUCCGGAUUCACCCUCCCCAUUUCUUCGAAACCCCGAAGCUCUACCCUUUCUCGAACUCUCCAGAUCUCCAAUUCCCUCUCAAACUCUAAACCCCGCGCCGCUGCUGCCACCGCCACCUCCGCCACCAGCUCCCUUCCCACCACCACCACCACCGCCACUACCAAAACCCCAGAACUAUUCACAUCCAGAUUUGCCGAUAAUGAGCCCAGAAAGGGCGCCGACGUCCUCGUCGAAGCCCUCGAGCGCGAAGGCGUCACCGACGUCUUCGCCUAUCCCGGUGGAGCGUCCAUGGAGAUUCACCAGGCCCUCACGCGCUCCAACAUCAUCCGCAACGUCCUCCCCCGCCACGAACAGGGCGGGAUCUUCGCCGCCGAAGGUUAUGCUCGCGCCUCUGGCCUUCCCGGAGUCUGCAUCACCACCUCCGGCCCUGGCGCCACCAACCUCGUCAGUGGACUCGCCGACGCGUUGCUCGACAGCAUCCCCAUUGUCGCCGUCACCGGGCAGGUCCCUCGCGGGAUGAUCGGCACCGACGCCUUCCAAGAAACCCCCAUUGUUGAGGUAACGAGGUCCAUCACCAAGCAUAAUUACUUAGUACUCAAUGUUGAGGACAUUCCUAGGAUUGUGCGUGAGGCAAUUUUCAUUGCGUGUUCAGGCCGGCCUGGCCCGGUUCUGAUUGAUAUUCCGAAGGAUACACAGCAGCAGCUAGUGGUUCCUGAUUGGGAUAUGCCAAUUAGAUUACCUGGGUAUGUUUCUAGGCUGCCCAAGUGCCCAACUGAGGCCCAUUUGGAGCAGAUUGUUAGGUUGAUAUCGGAAUCGAAGAAGCCAGUUUUAUAUGUGGGUGGAGGGUGUGUGAACUCGAGCGAGGAGUUGCGUCAAUUUGUGGAGAUAACGGGGAUUCCUGUCGCAAGCACUUUGAUGGGUCUUGGUUCGUUCCCCUGUGCGGACGAUUUAUCUCUUCAUAUGCUGGGAAUGCACGGCACUGUUUAUGCUAAUUAUGCUGUGGAUAAGUCUGAUCUGUUGCUUGCAUUCGGAGUGAGGUUCGAUGACCGUGUGACGGGAAAGGUGGAAGCUUUCGCGAGCAGGGCCAAGAUUGUUCACAUUGACAUAGAUUCUGCAGAGAUUGGGAAGAACAAGCAGCCGCAUGUGUCAGUUUGUGCUGAUUUGAAGCUGGCAUUGAAAGGGAUAAAUGGGAUGCUGGAGAGGAAAGCAGACAAGCUUAAACUGGAUUUUUCGACUUGGAGAGAGGAACUGAAAGAGCAGAAACUGAAGUAUCCAUUGAGUUACAAGACUUUUGGGGAGGCAAUUCCUCCACAGUAUGCAAUUCAGCUUCUUGAUGAAUUGACAAAUGGGGAUGCAAUUGUAAGUACUGGUGUUGGGCAACAUCAGAUGUGGGCUGCUCAAUUCUACAUGUACAACAAGCCUCGGCAUUGGUUAACCUCAGGUGGAUUUGGGGCUAUGGGUUUUGGAUUACCUGCUGCAAUGGGCGCAGCUGUGGCGAAACCGGAUGCAGUUGUUGUAGACAUUGAUGGUGAUGGGAGUUUUAUGAUGAAUGUUCAGGAAUUGGCUACAAUUGGUGUGGAGAAUCUUCCUGUUAAGAUAAUGCUCGUAAAUAAUCAGCAUUUAGGUAUGGUUGUGCAGUGGGAGCAUCGGUUCUACAAGGCUAAUAGGGCUCACUCAUAUCUAGGAGACCCAUCAAAAGAGUCCGAGAUAUUCCCUGAUAUGUUGAAGUUUGCAGAAGCAUGUGCGAUACCUGCUGCUCGAGUGUCAAAGAAGGGAGAUCUUAGAGCUGCAAUUCGGAAAAUGCUGGAUACUCCUGGGCCAUACUUACUGGAUGUUAUUGUACCCCAUCAAGAACAUGUCCUGCCUAUGAUCCCAAGUGGUGGUGCUUUCAAGGAUGUAAUCACAGAGGGCGAUGGGAGAUCAACCUAUUGAUCUUUUUGAGCAGUGUUAGGCUUAUCCACAGCAACAACCAGCGGCUUUUCACAAAGCAGUUUCAUGAACAUCAGUUUAACUAUUUUUCAGGAUUCUUGAUAUGUUUGUUUAGAUAUGUAAUCGGUUUCAAUUCAAAUGUUUAAAUUCAAAUGUAUUCCUCCGUUCCUAUCUUUCCAUGAUUCAGUUGUAACAAGAAUAUAUUUUACAUCUUUGUAAUUACACACUUAUACCUGUGUUUAAGAUAAGGCAGCAAUUCUCCAAAUAUUUGAGCU